AUGAACGCGUUGAUGGAUAAUACCAGUUACCGUAACGAAGCUAAUAACUGCGGUAUUGUAAGUGCCACUUCAACCUCUGAAGAUGAUCAGCUGAGUUUAUGCUGUCUGUGUGGUCAAACGUUUCCAAGUAUCAAGUCCCUUCAUAUGCACAUUAAUGUUGUACACGAAGAAGUUGCAGACUCUUUUGAUUUUCAGUUAACAGAUGGUGAAAACGACGACUCUCAUUCAGUCACCUUAGGAUCGCGGAUCUCACUGUCAUCUAGUAGUGAGGAAUUUAUAUCCAGUAAUCGAAUACCUCAAUGUGAUUAUUGCAUGAAAAAGUUUUCCACAUUAUCCUACCUUCGAAUGCAUAUUUCUACUGUUCAUGAAGGUGUCCGUGCAUAUUCUUGUAAUAUCUGUGAGAAGAGUUACACUCAAAAGCAUUCUUUGAAAAAACAUCUUAGAAAUUCUCAUUCAAUCUCAUCCAGUCAAGACAUACUAGAUGAUUCAGGACCAACUAAUGGGGUACCGAAUAAAUCUAGUCAGUCUGCAUGUUCAGAUGAAAUGCGUACUUUUAAAUCACGCAAAAGGUUACUCGUUGAUUCUCCAAUCAUACCUAAUUCCUGUAGUCCUAUUCCAUCUAGGUCGAAUGAAGUGGACGGUCCUGUUUCAUUGGAAACUAAGAAUCGCCAAAUCAGUUGA